AUGAAGAUCGCACACAAGUCAAAGCGCGCCCUGCCGCCGCUGCCGCAGGUGGCGGAGCUGAUCCAGACCCUGCUCGACACGGCCGACGACGAGCUGGCGGAUGUGCUGGGCGCGAUCGAGUACUGGCGCUGGCCCCGGUCCGACCUCAACGCGUGGGUGCCCGUGCUCAACAAGCUCGACGCCGUGCUCGAAGACGUGAUCCGCGCCUACGCCGUCGACGACCUCCAGCUCUCGCCUUUUACGCCAUCCGCCAAGCGGACCGUCAGCGAAAUAUUGCGGUUCGAGCGGCUGUUGCUCGAGAACUCUACGAAUAGGAAGACCUUUGCGUCUUAUGACCGCAUCAACUCGCUUUUCGCAACAUCCGACCUCGACGUGCUCGUGCUCGCUCUUAAUCUACUCCUCCGACCCGCCCAGCAAUACUCUGCCCAGCCAGCCGUCAGCCGGGCGCUUAGCAUUUCGACGCCCCGUCUUCUCUCCCUCGCCAAGCGCUGGUCCCACCUACGCGAGUACGGUCUCAACCCGAUUGACCUCGUGACCCAAGGCGGCAUUGAGCAGAUCGACCAGUUGCCCGCAGAGGCGCGCGAAGUCAACUUCACAUUCUACAAGUCGGCCACCAAGUCCGAGCCGCCCAAGGAGCCGUCUAGCAGCAUGGACGUCGAUUCGGAGAACACCGCCCCGGCGCCUGCUGAGGUCCCCAAGACGCCCGUCCGCCGGAAUACGGCCGGUUCUUCGACUCAGCCACCGCCGUCCUCGGGCGCGACGACUAUUCAUAUCGACGCUGCGACUCUGACGUCAAAGAGCACGAUGGAGGUCCUCGCAGACGUACUCGAGCGCCACGAGCUGCCCGGCGACGACAAGUUCGAGCUCAUGUGCCGUAUCCGCGCCGCACAGAUGCUGCUCUCUGGCUCUGAACGCGCACAAGAGCGUGAGAAGUUGCUGGCCGCGCGGUUGAUCGCUGUGUCUAUAUUUGUGCACACACAUUCGGAGGCGACGACGUCGAGCUCGCUGUUCUUGUACGAGCCUGAUCUCACUCCGCAUAUCGCCGAGCUACUCGCUCUUGACCGUGGUGUGCCCGUUCUGGUCCAGACUGCCGCGAUCGCCGCUCUCGAUGCGCUCGCGAGGUAUCGCUCCCGCGUUCAAGACGUGCUUACAGCCGUCAAUGCCGGUGUCAACCACGGCACGCUCAUGGCCCUCCUCCGCAAGACCGUCUCAGACGUCUCCAACCCCGCAUGCACACUCCCCCACGCGUUCGUCGACGCGUUGAUCUCCUUCGUCACCUACCUCGCCAGCCACGCACAAGGCGGCGGGAUGAUCGUCGGCGCGGGUCUUGUACCGCUCUUGAUACAGAUCAUCGAGAACAGGCUGCCACAACGAUUGCCGAUGGUCAGCAAGACGAUGCAGCUCGUCGACAACGUGCUGUACUCGUUCACGAACGCGUUCACGCUGUUUUGUGCGGGCAAGGGCGUGGAUGUUCUCGUGGAGAGGAUCGCGUUUGAAGUGGAUGAGGGGAUAAAGUUGUAUGGGCAUCAGGAGAAGAAUUCGGAGAUCCCGAGGUCUUAUGGCCUGCUCCCAGUAGUCCGCUCGGCCGCGCUCAAACACAUCCUUCGCUCAAUGCACCGCAUGAUGCAGUCUUCCGGGACAGCAGAAGGCCUUCGUGGGCUCAUCGACUCGUCCCUCCUUCACUCCAUCCGCAAGAUCAUGGAACACCGCUCACUCUUCGGCCCCAAUAUCCUGCCCAUCGCAAUCAACGUCAUGGCGACGUUCGUCCACAACGAGCCGACGAGCCUGAGUGUUAUCCAGGAGGUCGGAGUGCCCGAGGUGUUCUACCGGACAGUCGAGGCGGGCUUGGAACCGGUUAUCGAGGUCAUUCAGGCCAUCCCGAAUGCCAUUGGCGCACUUUGCUUGAACCAGGCUGGUGCGGAUCAACUCGCGGCACGGCCUACCAUUAUCCCCGGAUACUUCAGCAUCUUCACGUCUGAGCGCCAUCUGCGUGUACUCCAGGACAAGGAGAACGCGGUCAUCAUCGGGAGUGCGGUCGACGAGCUCGUGAGGCAUCAUCCUGUGCUCAGACCUGGCGUGUUCGAUGCUGUGAGGGUCACGCUCAGUCGGAUCGAGGACAUGGGAAGGGGAUACGUUCCACCUGCGAACGUGCGGGAUCAGUACGAGUUCGUCAGGCCUGCGCCUGCUGCUGACACUGAAGCGCGAACGGGCGAGGACGUGGCGAUGGAGGUUAUCGAGCCUUCGGAGGACGAGAACGCCGAGGCACGCGUAGCGGAUCCGGAGGCGGACAAGAACGACGACGCCGACGGGUCGCGAAGUGGCAAAGAGUCGCACAACCCUGUCAUCUCCUUCCUUGAUAUCACCUGCCGCUUCCUCGAGGGUCUCUUCCAGCACACCCCGCACUGCAAAGACUUCAUCACGUCCUACGGCGCGCUCGACCAGAUCGGCCGCAUCACGGCGUCGCAGGCCUUACCGUUCGACUUUGGCAACUCGAUGGCGAGCGAUAGUCUAGUGCAGGUUGUCAGGACGAUGUUCGACGCCAGCCCGAACGUGACGAUGGGCGCGCUCUGCGAGCUCGUGAAGAGCAGUCUGGGCGAGACGAAGGAGUUCUGGGAAGAACUCAAGCCCGGCUCGCGGCUGCUCGAGCUCCUCGACACGGCCAAGUACGGCGAGCGGCAGGCGGCAGAGACGUUCAGACGCAUCGUCACGCUCCAUGUGCGCGUUAUGCUCCUCUCGGACGUGUACUCGACCGUCGGGUUCGCACAUGGACGGAGCGCGCUGGGGCUGUUGCAGAUUCUCAUGGGCCGGGGCGCGCCGGAGGUGUUGCCGGAGCUUGGGGCGCUGCAUCGGGCGCUCGUGUGGGAGAAUGUGCAGAUGAAAGCUGCGCCGACUGUCGCGAGCGUUUCACAGGCCGCCGCUGCCGCCGCGAGCUCAUCAUCGUCGUCGACGGAGCUGCCUACUGCUGAGCAGACUCCUGCUCCUGAGCCGGUUACGAAUGGGCAUGUGAGCGACGAGGCGCUGUUGAGCGAGACGCCGGGUGGGAGUACGAGUCCGACACCUGUGCCUGUUGCCGCUGAAACUACGCCUACACCGACGCCUGCGCCGGAGACGAAGAAGGAGGACGAGGAGGAUCCGGCGCUUAAGGCACUUAAGCAGGUCGCGGUGCAUAUUCCGAAUGCAUUGACGCCGUUCUUCCAAGCGAUCAUCAAGUUGUUCUCGACGAGGAGACAUCCGGACGAGGCGCAGAAGCAGAGUAUUAAGGAUGCGGCGGCGAGGCUGUCGGUCAUUCUGUUGCAGCAUCUACAGCCCGUCAAGAUCGAGGGUAGUCGGCUUGACGUGACCGCGUACUACACUUCUCUCGUCGGCCUCGUCGCGACUUUCCUAAUCGAAGAGCGCUCGAACGCCAUGACGCUGUACACUGUGCUCCUCAACACGUUCUACAAGGACGGCGGAUUCGAUGCGUUGCUCAACAUAUGCCGACACUUCAUCUCCGUCGUCGAGGAGCUCUCUCCAAUCGCAGUCGAAUCACGCUCGGCUGAGCAGUCUACUGAGCUCGGUAGCGCGUACGGUGGAUUGAAGAUCGCGCUGCACCUACUCCAUCCUGUCGUCUCCACGAAGCCGGUGUUCGAGAGCCCGCAAACGGGCCUGCUCAUUACGCGCGACAAGAAGGACGGCGACGCGGGUUAUUUCGAGCCGCACAACUUCCUUGUCCGCAUGCGCCUUGCCGUACUCCCAUUGGCUCGCGAACUUUGGACAGCACCCUGGCUUUCAGCCGCUCCCGCAGGUCUCGUCCGCUCGGUAGCCCAGACAGUACUAGAGAUCGCGAACGCCGAAGGCGAAGAGAGCGCCCAACCCAACGCCGAAGGAGGCGCGGGACCAGGCGGCCUACCUAUGCCCGGUGGACCCGCCGCGGCAUUAUUCAGGCAGCCGGCCGUACCCGACGAAGCGCGCAUCGCGCAGAUCCAGGAGAUGGGUUUCCCGAGAUGGGCAGCGGAACGCGCGCUGGCGAGGACGGCGAACAACGUGAACGCUGCGACGGAGUUGUUGCUCGCGAAUCCGUUCAGGUUCCAGCCGGACGCGCCGCAUCCGCCGAAUGUUGUGCCUGCGCUUGCUGCUGUGCCCGCUCCGGAGGCGCCUGCUACGCCGCCCAACGCUGAACCCGUCGUUCCAGCGGAGGGUGCGGAUGACGAGGACCACGAGAUGGCCGAUGACGGUGGAGAGGGCGAGGGAGACGCGACAGGAUCGGCUGCGGGAUCUGGUGAUGGCGAAGGUUCUGCUACUGGUUCCGGCGACGGCGAAGGUGACGAGGGAGAAGGCGACGAUGCCGAGUCUGUACAGGAUGAGGACGAGCCUAUGACCGCGCCAGCCGCCGAACCUGAGCCCGAGGCGCCCGCAGAGCCCACGAAGACUUGCGCUCAAUGGCGCGAAGAGCUCAACACCGCUCGCGAGCCGCUCAAGGCCGAGCUCGGCGCUACAGCGCUCAAGCUUGUCGACGCGCAUCCCACGCUCAUCUUCGACAUGCAGACGGCCUUUGUUGGCAAGCCCGAAAGCUUCCAGAAGGAGAGCAUCCGCUUGCUCGUGCGCGAUGUUCGGGCUUUCGCGGCACAUGCGGUCGACUCGCAGGAGCAGCCGCUCGCUGUGAGGUGUCGACUUUUGGCGCUCGUGUUGAACGAAGCGCCCGCGUCGUUCGCUGCGGUUGUCAAGGGUGACGAGAUCACCGCCUUUGUCGACCAGCUCGUGGCGCUUGUGCUUUCGGCGCCUAUCUCUCAGCCGGACCGUGGACCGCCGAAGUGGCUCGCUGCUAUCUUACUCGUCGCAGAGUCGAUCUUGACUAUCGGGCUCGAGCCGCGGACUACCCAGGUGCCGAAAGAGGGAGAGCCUGUGCCUACGGCUGAGGUCGUGCCGGGACCGUACUUCCCGAAUGCGCGCCCGAGGCUGUUCGACUUUUCGCUGCGCAUACUUGCUCUACCUUCGCUUGCUCGCGACGAUCUUAUCUCGGCUCUACGCCUGCUCGUACUACUCACCCGCGAUCACUCCGUUGCUCACGACUUCGCACGGCGCGACGGUGUGCCGCUGCUCUUCAAAGCUCUCAAGGCAUCAUCAGGCGGCGCCAACGGCUGUCAAUCGUACAUCACCAUCAUCCUGCGCCACAUCGUCGAAGAUCCCGCACUUCUGCGCUCCAUCAUGCGUCAGGAGACGGAUCGGUUCCUCUCCGCACCUCGCCCACGCCCAAGCGACGUCGCGACGUAUGUGCGCUCGUGCUUGCCGAUGGUGUUAAGAGAUCCGAAGGCGUUUUUGGAUGCGACUGCGGAUGUGGGCAGGUUGGAGAAGCCGUACGGGAGUCCGGCGCUGAUUGUCAAGAAGGAGAAGGAGGGCGAAGGCGAAGGCGAAGGCGAGGAGAAGACGGAGGAUGCACCUGCUGCAGCUGAGCCGAGCGCUCCGACUAUUGCUGCACCUACUGUUGAUGCCGCGAAUCCCAUCUCGGCACCGCCUGACUACCUCGAGACCCUUGUGCACUUCCUCGUCGGCGAGCUCGUGCAGAGCAUCAAGCCUCAAGCACCCACCGAGACACCUCCCACGGCAGCGCCUCCAGCUACACCUUCAACUUCCUCGCAGCCUCCGGCCGAACCCGCACCAUCCACGACCGAGCCGCCGAAGGACGCUACCGACGCGGACAAGAGCAAGCAGGGUGACAUCGACUUCUACUACUGCGGCUUCGUCAUGCAGUGUCUCGCCGAGCUUCUCUUCUCCUACGACGUCUGCAAGGUCGCCUUCCUCUCGUACUCGCCCAAGAAGCGCACUGGCGAAGCACCGAGCAAGUUCAGGACAUAUGCGCUUCAGUUCCUCCUCAAUGACGUGAUAUCGUACGGAACGCUACAGCCCGAGAGCGCAGACGCUGAAGCGCGCAAACGCGUAUCGUUGUGCAACUGGGCUAUGUCGAUUAUUGUUGCUCUCUGCGUGGACACGACGGCGUCACCCGAUAUCAAGGACGUCGCGCCCGAGCUCGUGCAUGUACGCAAGUUCGUGCUCGAGUCCGUCAGCCGUGCUGUCAAGGAGCCCGCGCCGAGCGACCGCGAAGGCCUGGGCGCGAAGUACGGCCGUAUGCUGGCGCUAGCGGACUUGUGCCAUCGCCUGCUUACUGUGCGCUACGCGACCAAUGGGCGCAAGAACGCGGACGAGGCGCCUCCGACGCAUAUCGCUAAGAUCAUGCUGGAGAAGAACUUCGUGGCUACGCUCACGGCGGCGCUUGCAGAGGUUGACUUGAACUUCCCGAAUGUGCGCGGGUUGGUGCAGGCGGUGCUUAAGCCGCUCGAGCUCUUGUCGCGUAUCGCAAUCAAGAUGAGCCGCGCGUCGGGCAAGGGCAAGGGCGACGACGGCAAGGUCACGCUUGGGGAAAUCGAGGAAAUGUCGGAGGACGGUGACGAGGAUGAUGACGAGGACGGCGAUGAGGAUGGAGGUUCGGGUCGCGAGGAUACUCCCGACUUGUACCGCAACUCGGCGCUCGGCAUGUUCGGUGGUGACAUCGAUGAGCAGUACGCUGACGACGACGAGAUGGGCGACGAAGACGAGGAAGACGAGGAAGACGUCGAGAUGGACUUCGGCGAGGAGAGCGACGAUACGGAGGCGAGCGAUGUGGACGUCGACGUUGAGAUUGAAGGGGCCCUCGAUGAUGAAGAUGAAGAUGAUGAAGAGGGAUCAGGUGACGAAGAAGAGGAGUGGGACGAGGAGGAGGACGGUGAAGGCGAGGACCUUGUGGAGGAAGAUGAUGAUGUCGAGGCUGCUCCUGAGCUGGGUGAAGAAGUCGCCGGCGAGGGAUCUGACGAGGAAGGACAGUGGGAGGAUAUCGAGGGCGAUGAAGUCGCAGGCGUCAUGGAACGCGCGGGUGCGGAGGACGGUGCUGGUGACAUGGCUAUCUUUGCGGACGAGGACGAAGACGACGGCGGCAUGGGUUCUGAUGUGGAGUUCUUGGACGACGGCGAGCUCGGCUUCCUCGAGGCAGCCGAUGGUGGAGAGGACGUCUUCCGCGGUGCGGACGGUGCACUUGCCGGCCGUAUCGCUGACAUGGUCGGCGGCGUCGGCACUAUCGGAGGCCCCGCGCACUCUCAUAACGUCAUCGUCACAGGCGGCCUACCUCUGGCUGUUACUAACGAAGGAGACGAUAUGGAGGUCUUCGGUCGUCAACGCGGCAACCAGUCCGCGCCGGAGAUCGUGACCCAUCCGCUACUCCUCGACGGCAAUGGCGCAGAUCGCGCCAAUGGUCAGGGUCGCGCAGGUCGUCGCGCUCGUAGCGGUAACCCGCUCGCCAACGCUCUCGCCGCUACACAGCCCCAGGAUAUCCUUGCAGCUAUCGAAGAUAUUGUCGGUGGUCCCACGGUACAGCUGUUCUCCAGCCUUCUCGCCCGCCGUCCAGGUGGCGAGACCAUCCGUGUCGACGUCCCUCCUGGCGCUUUUGACCGUCACGGCAUCCUUCCGCUCUCCCGACGCGGUGGUCCUGCCGCUGCGUUAGCAUCGUUGCGCGUGCGCGGACAGAAUCUCGCCGGUGGUGAGCAACGGCCCGAGAACAGCGGCUUCGACCCGCUCGUCACGCUCAACCGCUGGAGCGAGGAGGUCAAGAUCCUCAACGGCAAGUUCAUGAACGAGCGCGCCGCCAGGGUCGCGAACCACGUUGUUCUGCGUCUGCUCCCCGAAGCGAUCAAGCGCGCUGAGGAGGAGGCCAAGGCUGCUGAGCAGGAGAGGGAACGCCAGCGCGAGCAAGAGGAGAAGGAGAGGGAGGAAGCUGAGGCGAAGGAGCGGGAGGAGCAGGCUGCCGCCGAGAAGGCCGAGGCUGAAGCUGCCGCCGCCAGAGCUGCUGAGGCUGAAGCCGCAGCGAACGAAGCGCCGGAUACUACUGAGUCGGCCGAGGACGUUGAGAUGCAAGAACAGCCCGCCGAGUCGACCAGCGAAGAGCCCGUAGCGGGCUCGUCGGCAGAAGGACAAGGCGAAGCUAGCACGAGCGCUGCCCCCGAGCGUGUGACCGUGUUGAUUCACGGCAAUCCCGUCGACAUCACGGACACCGGCAUCGACCCGACCUUCCUCGAGGCGCUUCCGGACGACAUGCGCGAAGAAGUCGUUAACCAGCACAUCCGUGAUCAACGCGCUGCCCGCGUCGAGCGCCCUGCGGAUUCGCAGAUCAGCGCAGAGUUCUUGGACGCGUUGCCACCCGAGAUUCGCGCUGAGAUCAUUCAGCAGGAGCGCAUGGAGCAGGCAAGGAGACAACAACCACCUGCCACUGGAGGCGAUACAGGACCCGCCGAGAUGGACCCCGCGACCUUCAUGGCGAGCUUGGACCCCGCGCUUCGUGAAGAGGUUCUCAUGGAACAGGACGAGGGCUUCAUUCAGAGCCUUCCUCCACAUAUGAUCGCCGAGGCCGGUAGCUUCCGUGAGCGUCGUCACCAGUCAUUCCCGGUGCCGCGUUUCGCUCCCCGCAGUGCUGCUCCUCCUGCCCCACGCAAGCCGACUGUGUCUCGCGACGCCAUCCAGCUCCUCGACAAGAGUGGCAUUGCGGUUCUCAUACGAUUGCUCUUCUUCCCGCAGCUCUUGAAGAAGAGUAUGCUCUUCAAGGUUCUUGUGAACCUAUGCGAGAACGCGAAGACGCGGACAGAGCUCUUCAACAUCUUGCUCAACAUCCUUCAGGAUGGCGCGACAGACCUGGCAGCUAUCGAUAGGAGUUUCGCGCAAAUGACGGUCCGCCCGCCCAAGACACCUACUGCGCAGACGCCGAAGGCCGCCGGCAAGCAGCGCUCCAACACGGACUACUUCAGCUCUCUACCCGUCUCGCAGCUCCCCAGCGAGGUGUUACCAGACUUGAUCGCUCAGCGCUGUCUUGAGGCGCUCUCCUACAUCGUCUCGGCAAACGAACGCUCGUCGCUCUUCUUCCUUACCGAGCAUGAGCUUCCCGCCGGUCUGCGCCGCGGCGCGUCGAAGAAGGGCAAGGGUAAAGAGAAGGCGACGGCGCAGACACAAUACCCUGUUGUUCUGCUACUCAACCUUCUCGAUCGCCAGUCAUUGCUCAAGACACCUUCGAUUCUGGAAUCCCUGGUUAGCCUACUCGACAACGUCACCCGACCCCUCAAGAGCUUGAAGGACCCGAAGGCUGCUGAGAAGCCGGAGACUGCUGUGGCAAGUACAUCGAGUGCACCACUCGCCGAGACAACGACAACAGCACCGGUUGUAGAUGCCGAUGCGCCCGCACCAGCGCCUGAAUCGUCAGAAGCUCCACCCGCAGAGAGUCAGCCCGCCCCAGCGCCGGAGUCCGCGAAGGACGAGCCCAAGACGGUCGAAGAGAAGAUCCUUCUCGCCAACCCACCCCAGAUUCCGCACGCGGUUCUUCGUCUUAUCGUCAACAUCCUCACGGUCGGCGAGUGUGGCGCGAAGCCCUUCCACCACAGCCUAUCUCUCAUUCAGCACUUGUCGUACAUCCCGGACGCACGCGAGGUAGUGGCGCAAGAACUACGCGUAAAGGCCCAGGAGCUUGGCCAAGGCCUUCAACGUGACCUGGACGACCUUGCAAAGGCUCUCGGUAGCGUUGACGCGGACGUCAUGGCGUCGUCCGUUGCUUCGAAGUUCUCGUCGCCAUCCUCCGACCAAGCGAAGUUGCUCCGCGUACUCAAGACGAUCGACUACAUGUAUUCGCCCAAGCACACGACCCCUGCCGAAGCACAAAGCAGCACCGAUGUUGACAAAAUACAGAGCAUCUACGAGUCCUUCCGCUUCACGCCGCUCUGGAAAAAGCUGGGCGACUGUCUAUCUGUCAUAGAGGAACGCCCGGAAAUGGAGCACAUCGCUACCGUCCUUCUGCCUCUCAUCGAGGCGCUCAUGGUCGUCUGCAAAUACGUGGGCUCGACGUCUUCGGCCACGAAUGCGGCGGCUCGCGCCGUGCGGUCGCCCAGCUUGCCUCCCUCUUCGAGUCGCGAGUCCAUGGAGGAACUCUUCGUGUCCUUCACCGAUGCGCACAGGAAGGUUCUCAACGCUAUGGUCCGGAAUAACCCGUCGCUCAUGAGCGGGUCAUUCUCGUUGCUUGUACACAACCCGCGGGUGCUCGACUUCGACAACAAGCGCAACUACUUCAGCCAGCAGCUGCACCGACGGCCGACGCGCGAGCACUUCGGCACCCUACAGCUCAACGUACGGCGUCAGCGCGUCUUCGAGGAUAGCUUCCAGUACCUCCAGCGCAAGACCGGCGACCAGAUUAAAUACGGCAAGCUCAGUGUUCGCUUCUACGACGAAGAGGGUGUCGACGCUGGUGGUGUCACGCGCGAGUGGUUCCAGAUCCUCGCUCGCCAGAUGUUUGACCCGAACAAUGCGCUCUUCGAGCCGUGUGCGGCCGACCGUCUGACGUACCAGCCCAACAAGGCGUCAUGGGUCAACCCGGAGCACCUGUCGUUCUUCAAGUUUGUUGGCCGUGUCAUCGGCAAGGCCAUCUACGACGGUCGUCUUCUCGACGCAUACUUCGCACGCAGCUUGUACCGCCAGAUCCUGCAAAAGCCUGUUGACUACCGCGACGUCGAGUGGAUUGACCCCGACUAUUACAAGUCGUUGUGCUGGAUUCUCGAGAAUGACCCUACCCCGCUCGACAUGACCUUCAGUGUCGAGGGCGAUGAGUUCGGCGUCAUGAAGAUCGUCAACCUCAAGCCCGACGGAGACAAGAUCCCGGUCACGCUCGAGAACCGUCGCGAGUUCGUCCAGCUCUCCGCCCAGUACCGCCUGUACGAGUCCAUCAAGGAUCAGCUCGAGGCACUGCUCGGCGGCUUCUACGAGAUCAUUCCCAAAGAUUUGGUGACAAUCUUCAACGAGCAGGAGCUUGAGCUACUGAUCUCGGGAACACCUGAUGUUGACGUCGAUGAGUGGCGCGCUGCGACCGAGUACAACGGUUACACCAGCUCUGACCCAGUCAUCGUGUGGUGGUGGCGCGCCCUGAAGUCCUUCACUCGUGACGAGCGCGCAAAGCUGCUCAGCUUCGCCACAGGCACAUCGCGUGUCCCUCUCAAUGGCUUUGGUGACCUCCAAGGUGUCCAGGGUACUCAACGCUUCUCAAUCCACCGCGCAUAUGGCGACACGGACCGCUUGCCGCAGGCGCAUACCUGCUUCAACCAGAUCGACCUUCCUCAGUAUUCUUCGUACGAGAUGCUGCGCCAGCAGUUGCUAUUGGCGAUCAAUGAGGGUGGCGAAGGCUUCGGUUUUGCAUGA